AUGGCCGAUGUUUUUGAAUUCGAAUUUGAUGGACAGGAAAAUCAACCGGUUAAUACACAGUUAGUUUUUUUUAAAUUAAAUUUUUUGACAUAAAAUUUAUAAAAUUUUUUCUCAGGUAUCAUCAUGAAUUGUCUGAAGUGAUGGAGGAUGAUCAUAUGUACAGUGAUGUGGCUGAUGUGAGUUAUUUUUGUUGGGUUUUGAUAAGAUAAAACAUUUGGUCUAUUUUUGGCUGGAAUUUGGAAAUUGUGGAAUGUGAAAAUAUCCGAAAACUUUGAAACAGUGAAAUCAUAUUUUGGAACUUUGAAAUAAAUUAAUCUUAGGACUAAAAAUUGAGAUUAUUUAUAAUUUGACAUUGAAUAUUUUAAAAACAAACUCUGGGAUAAAAAUUCAAUUCUACAUUUUUUUAAAUUCAUUUUUGAAAAAAAAGUCGGAAAUUCCGGAAUUAACUUGAGAUUUACAAAAAAAUAUUUUUUUUAAAUUGAAACAGUGGAAAUUUUUUAUCAAGUUUUUUAAAAGAAUUUUUUCAGAAAAUGGAAUUGAGAGCUUUUCUGUUGAAAAAUAAUUUUUAUGCCGAAAUUUUUUCAAAUCAUGAUUUUGGUCUCAUUCCCUUCAACAAUAUUAUUGUUUGCAGGGUCAAAUCACAGCUCCACCACCAAGUUCUUCAUAUAUGGAAGGUCCAAUGGUUGAAGCGAUCGAUUUGUCAGCCUCAACAGUCAAUCCAAAUGUCAAAGUUGGACCAAAAGAUUUUCAAUUAUUGAAAGUUUUGGGAAAAGGCGGCUAUGGAAAAGUGUUCCAAGUUCGCAAAACUACGGGCUCCGAUUCGGGAAAAAUUUUUGCGAUGAAAGUGUUGCAAAAAGCGACAAUUGUUAGAAAUCAAAAAGAUACAGCGCACACAAAAGCCGAGAGAAAUAUUCUCGAAGCUGUCAAAUGCCCUUUUAUCUGUGAUUUGUUAUACGCGUUCCAAACUGGUGGAAAAUUAUACUUGAUUUUGGAAUAUUUAUCGGGUGGUGAAUUGUUUAUGCAUUUAGAAAGAGAAGGUAAGGUUUUUUGAAAAAACAAAAUCCAUAACCUUCUCAUUUUUAAGGAAUGUUCAUGGAAAAUACGGCUCGUUUCUAUUUAUCGGAAAUUGUUGUUAGUUUGGAGCAUUUGCAUCGACAGGGAAUUAUUUAUCGCGAUUUAAAACCCGAAAAUAUUUUACUCGACGGCCGCGGCCACGUCAAAUUAACUGAUUUCGGAUUGUGUAAAGAGGCGAUUGAAGGCGAUCAGAAAACGCAUACAUUCUGCGGAACAAUUGAAUAUAUGGCACCAGAGAUUUUGAUGAGAUGUGGACACGGAAAAGCUGUUGAUUGGUGGAGUUUGGGAGCAUUGAUGUUUGAUAUGUUGACUGGUGGACCACCAUUUACUGCUGAAAAUAGAAAGAAAACUAUUGAUAAAAUUUUGAAGGUUGGUAUUGAAUUGGGAUAAGGGAUAAGAGUUAGAAAACAUUUUAAAAAGUUGAGAAGAUGUAAAAAAAAACUAAUAAACUGCGAUUUUCCUUAUUCAAAAAAAUCUUAUUUUCCAGGGUCGUCUAACAUUGCCAGCAUAUUUAUCAAAUGAAGCACGUGAUUUGAUCAAAAAAUUAUUGAAAAGACACGUUGAUACACGCCUUGGAGCUGGUCCAACUGAUGCCGAAGAAAUCAAAAAUCACUUUUUCUUCGCCAAACACAAUUGGGAAGAUGUUUAUGCUAGAAAAUUGGAUCCACCAUUCAAACCAGAAAUACAAAAUGAGGAAGAUGUUUCGCUUUUUGAUUCGCGUUUCACGAAAAUGACACCAGUUGACAGCCCGUGUGAAAGUAGUUUCAGUUUGACUGGAGAUAAUCCGUUUGUUGGUUUCACUUAUGUUGCUCCUUCUGUUUUGGAAUUGAUUAAUCAGAAUAAAUUUGGAAGAAGUCCAAGAAAUCAUCAUUCGUGAGUUUUUCUAGAAUUGAAUUCAGUAUGUUAUGUUGGGUUUUUGCAGAGAAUUUGGUGUUGCCACAAGCAGUGCAAUCAAUAAUCACGGUCCACCACAAUUAUUUGGAGGUGGUGGUCCAAUUCAUAAUGAUACUGUUCAACAUUUUGGAGGAUUUGGAGGUUCGUUAUUGUUGUGGGGUUAAUUAGAGUUGAAGUGUAAAGACAAAUUAAAUAUGUACAAUAGAAUUUCUUGAAACAGUUAAAAAAUAUUAUGUUAUCUGCAUUCCAAAAAUUCACAUAUUACAAUUUUUCAAACCAAAAAUCUGUUAUGAGAAUUUUGAAACAGUGAAAAAAGUUUUCCGAAAAAAAUAUUUUCAAUUUCGAAAUUUUUACGAUAAAAUUCCUUCUUUCAUUUGAACCGGAAAAAUUCGGGCUGAUAAUUUUUGACACUAAAAUUUGAUUCUAUCAAGAAAUAAAUCCACGUGUUCUCAUUUUCAUGCCAAAAUUUUCCAGGUCAAUCCCGAUUCGCAUCUGGAUUCUCACCAAAUUCAUCAUCUUCUUCAGUUGUUCCACAAUCUUCAUCAACUCAACAAAAUCAUCAAAUUGAUGAUGAUUCAAUGGAUACAUCAACACCCCGUGCAUCAGAAUCAAUGGCUCCAAAUUCCGAUGAAACGCCUUCCUCUUCCUCACGUGCCAAACCACAACCAAUUCAACAACAAAGAGCUGUUUUGUGA